CGACAUUCACUCACUGCCAGUAUUCAUUCCGCACGCUCACUACCGCUGCUGCGCGCCACCGCUGGUCGCCACCGCUGGUCGCUGCGCCCACCCUCCUUCGAUCAUCACUGCAACUCCUCCCAGCCACUGCACGUCGACAGACGUCUAGCAUUCAUCACUCCAGGCCCAUGAGGAAAGAGGAGGCCGGCCACGGAGUGAUACCGAAAUGCGAUGCGGUUGGCGGGCGUAUGGUUAAGGCACUCUCAUGACGCCACCCGCGCGCUCCGCAAACACUCAGGGCGAUGCGCCAUCUGCCGACGCAGUUUCCCUCCUCGCGCCUUCACGAGGUAGAGAUGGCCGCUCACUAUCCUCCGCCGCUGCCAGCGUCAUGGCUAGCUCCAGGGGCCAGUCAUCGUACGCGACAACGAAUGCUGCACCUGGUAGCUUCAGUUCCCAGCUGAGGACCCUGCCGUCUCACGAUGGGCGAUUGCGGCCGGACUUUGAUAUGCAUGCUAUCAUUGUGGGGGACGAUAGCUUGACAACAGAGCAGAGACAGGCCGAUCUGCAAGAUCAGAUAGACAAGGAAACCAAAAUCAAGAUCGGAUCUGAGAACCUGCUGGAGGCGCUGAACGCUAAAAAUGCGAAGCAGACUAAGGACCAGAGACUGCGAGUCGAGGCCGAACUCAAUUCGUCAAAUAGGAAGCUUGCACAACUCAAGUUAGGCCUGGAGGCUGAGAUACAAAGAGCGAAGGAGGUCAAGUCGCCUCCAGCAGACCCACAGAGCAGGUUGUCGUAUCUCUUCCGCAGAAAUCUCUCGAGGUCUCCGUCGCGCCACGUUGUCCAGAAAAACGAGGAGGAAGAGGAUUCGGAGAGCGAGUCACCCAGCGUAGUUCUUGUGGACAUACUCGGUGCAUUGGAGUCCAAUGGAAUGCAGCCUGAGUACUAUGUCGAGAAGGCAAACUCCCUUGUGGACCUCUUCAAACGCCAUCCUACGCUCAAAUAUGAUCUAACUUGGCGCGUCUUCGGUACAAGGGUGCAGACUAUGCUUCUGAGCGAUAGUCGCGAGGUUGUGGCUGCUGGGUAUCGCGUAAUGCGAUAUGCCAUCACGGACCGGAAAUCCCUCCGGACGAUUCGAGAAUUACACACGGAUUAUCUCGUCAUUCUAUCGCUUGCAAAAGAAAGCAAGGCCAGUGUUGAGCGAGAGCAAGCCCUCAAAUUUGUCAGAGCCUUUCUCGACGUCAAAGAUGGAGUUGAAGAGAUAGCCCGGUCAGUUGUUCGAAUCAUUGUAGCAGUGGCGGAGCAUACAGACGACCGGCUCAAGAACAUAGCUAUUCUCACUCUGGCCGAGAUACUCGUAAGAAAACCUCCACUACUAGUAUCUGCGGGAGGCAUGGGUACCCUUACCGACGCCCUUGGUGAAGGGAAUUACCAUGCAGCAGAAAGCAUCGGGACUUCUUUUCUGUAUUUGUUGGACACCCCACGACGACGGAAAUUCCUGAGAUCCGGACAUGAAUUGGAGGUCCCCUUUGCCAUGUUCACCGAUGCAGUGCCGACCCACGGCCACAUGCAUGAAGAGAGACUCAAAGCAAAUGCGAAGGUUAUAGCGACCCUAAUCAGGAGUUGGCCAGGCCUCCUUGCCCUUUGUAUGGACGACUUUCUGGCCAUCCGAUCGCUCCUGAUGUCUUUAUACAUCCCUACUCCCCAUCUGAGGAAUGUCCUCCUCGAGUUAUUGUUCGAUAUCCUGAGGAUCAAGCCCCCAUCGUGGUCUUCAUCCUUCCUUGCUGGCAGGAGACUGACAACCUACGGGCGAGUCACCAAUUUGAAAAACCAACCAAGCAAAGACGCUUCAAGCACAGAAGCGGAAGACAAGACUAAUAGCUGGAACCUUUUGGAACACUAUGUCGCUGUUGUGCUAGCUGUAUUGUUGCAUGCUGGUCUAGUCCCCGCUUUGCUGCACGCCGAGGAAGAUCCAUUAACCCUCGCGUUGAAGAGGAAGACCACUCUCCUCCUCGGAGAGGUGUUGAAGUUGGCAAAUGAACUAUUACCCCCUUCAUGGAGCGCUUCUCUCCAAGUGCUUCCCCAGCUCCUGGAAUCAGCCGCGAAAUUUCAGACCGAAGACAGGUUCGUUGCAAUUGGGACGAUAUAUCAAGUAGACAGUGUCAACCGAACCCUGUACCGAUCAGGCCCAACGUCCUUGUCUACAGGCAAAACAAACACCACGACCGACACCAACAGUUCAAGGUCCCAAACAGAACAAUCGAAGGCUCAAGCAGCAAUGCAGAUGGAUGAAGCCCAGUUUCGAACUCUUAUGGUUGACACCCAAGUGCUCAACACCGUAAACUAUACCAAGUGGAGAUGGGACCUCAUCCAAAACAUCAUCGACGGGCCCUUACUGAAUGCUAAGCGUCUUGACGAAGCUAUUAAAGCCACCAAAUUUGUUCAUCGCCUGCUUGGAUUCUAUCGGCCAUUCAAGUACAGGUUCUCUGAAGUUAAGAACACCAAACCGAACCAGCGGUACGUUCGUGCUGGCUGUGCGUUGAUGCACAGCUUAAUGCAAAAUCCAGAAGGUGUCCGCUAUCUGAGCGACAACAAGUUUAUUCGCCAGCUCGCUGAAUGCCUGUCUCACUUCGACAGAAUGAGCGGAUUGACCUCUGAGUCACCCAUUUUCCAGGUAGACCGGAUGAAUGAGACUCUCACUACCGGGUACUUUGCACUUCUCGGUGCUCUCACCAAAGAUCCAAAGGGUAUCCAAAUUCUAGAGCGUUGGAAAGUCAUCAACAUGUUCUACCACAUCAUUGAGCUCAACGACCGUGAUGAUUUGAUAAGGGCUUUACUAAGUAAUAUGGACUAUUCCUUGGAUGGCCAUCUUCGUAUUAUCAUUUCAAAAGCCAUGACAUCAUGCUCAAAGGAGAUCCGAAUUUUCUCGACCCGACUGCUGCGAAGGUAUGCCACAAAGCCGAUGCAGAGCUCAGAUGCUGGCUGUGCCGCAGAGUGGUCGAUUAAGUUGCUUGUUACUCAACUGUAUGAUCCAGAAGUCGAAGUCUGCGAGGUCGCGAUCAAGAUCUUAGAGGAGGCAUGCAAUCAGAAGCAAUCGCUGGAAUACGUAGUGAAAUGUCGCCCAGCUUUGGAUCACCUUGGCGAAAUUGGCGCUCCCCUCUUACUGCGCUUCCUGUCGACUUCUGUGGGUUAUCACUACCUGGAUGGGUUGGAUUACAUCACAAAAGAGAUGGAUGACUGGUUCUUAGGGAGGAACGAUACUUAUGUUGCGCUGAUUGAGGCGUCAAUGGCUCGCGCUCUUGCUGACAUCCCCGAGAAGCCUCAACCACAAUUGACCUACGACGACGCUCCCGAACAUCCAGAGUACGGCAUUGUACCGCCUCAUUUCUACCGCGAACUCACCCGAACCAAGGAAGGAUGCAAACUCCUGCAGCAAAAAGGCCACUUCGACGAAUUCGUUGCAACUAUCCGCGACUUUGGGAUGGAAGACGAUGAUUUGGAGACAAUCCUGAAGCUCAAGGGGUGUCUGUGGGCCGUUGGAAAUGUUGGUUCCAUGGAAUUAGGUGCCCCGUUCCUCGAGAACUCGGAUGUGGUCAGAUGGAUUGUCAAAAUCGCUGAAAUGUCGGAAGUGAUGUCGCUCAGGGGUACAGCGUUUUUUGUUUUGGGCCUAAUAUCCCGGAGCCUCCAUGGUCAAGAGAUUCUGCUCGAGUAUGGGUGGGAUGGGGUUAUGAAUGAAAUGGGCGAAGCACUCGGCUUCUGUCUGCCCUUGGACUUCAAGAAACUCUUUUCGAUCAAACCAUGGGUAGUCAAAUCUGGUGAUAUGAGCAGGAGGCGCAAGAAUGAUGUUACCAUCAGCAUCACUGAUCACAACCCAAUGAACGCUCGAAUUCUAAAGCUCGCGACUGAUCUUGGUAACACUGUUUUGGCCAAGAAGGCAGCAAAUGACCUCCAAGCCAUCAAAGCAAAGAAAGCCACCGGAUUCACAAAACCGGCAAUGUUCCGCAAAGUCAUGGAUAUACUCGAAGCGCACCACUUUCGCCUCCCAGCAUGUCGAUUCGUCCUCGAUUUAUUCGACAAACGGGUGCUACGGCAGAUUAUACUAGAUGAAGAAGAUGAGGAUGACAGUGACAGCAGCGAGUCCGACUCUGAGACGGAGCGGGCGAACACGAAUAGCGUACCGAGACCUUCGUGAAGAGGUCCACGAUGGCUCGAAAAGUACUUCUAGGUUCUGGCGUUAGAGUGCGUGCUGAAGGGUGCGAUGUAUUAUAUGUCUGGGGUUAUUACACUUUGUAGCGUUCCAAGGUUGGGUCUGCAGGAAUGGAUUUUGCAUACAGGGUUCACUGAACCCGCAAAGGGACAAGGCCGGCGCUAGGCAGUUUAUGGUAUCGUUUAGCGAGACGAUACGCGAAAUGUCAC